GGCUUGGAGAAGUACACCGUCGGCGACCUUCUCCUGACCAAGUCCCUCGAGGACCGCGGCACCUGGCUGUGGUGCGACGAGAACGUUCCCGCGCUCGAGGCCGUGCGGACCAUGACCAAGGCCAACGUCGGCGCCCUGCUCCUCGUUCGCGGCCGGUGGGAAGACGCCGUCGCCGGGGUUCUCACCGAGCGCGACUACCUCCGAAAGGUGGUGGCGCAGAACAAGGACGCGAGUACCACCGCCGUGGGAACCAUCAUGACCGACAAGAAGCUGUACGACGUGGCGCAGACGGACACGCCGGUGCUCGAGGCGCUUCGCAGAAUGACCGAGGGCCGACACCGACACAUGCCCGUCGUCAACGCCAACAGGACGAUGGCGGGCAUGCUCUGCAUCGGGGACGUCACGAGGAUGGUCGUCGACGCGCAUCGUGCGGAGGUUCUCAGGCUCAGGGACUACCUCGCCGGCGCGUCCUACUGA